UAGUCUGACCAGGAAAUUGACCCAUGUUGUUUAUCAAUUCAUGGAAUGUGGAAAUGUAGUAAAUAAUUGGUCCAGAGACAUAUAUCUUAUUUAUAUACCCACUGUUAACAUAGGCUGGGAGUAAACUAUGGCUUGAUAAAGGACUGCGUAAAAGCAAAGUCGAAGAACCCCCCAAGCGUUAGGAUCCCCUGGUCAUGCCAUGGGCGUGCACGGCCUCACCAGCUUCAUGGAGCGCGAGCGGCGCUUCCUGGCGAGCGUGCGCGUGCAGGCCACGGCGCUGGUGGUGGACGGCAGCAGCCUGUACUUCAGCCUCUACUUCAGCAGCGGGGCGGACCAGCAGCACGGGGGCGAGUACCAGGCCUUCGCCGCCGAGGUGCGCCGCUUCUUCGCCACGCUCGCCGCCUGCCGCAUACAGGCCUUCGUGGUGCUGGACGGAGGCAUGGACCAGAGCGACAAGAAGUUCUCCACCCUACAGGAGAGGGCCCAGCGCUCCAUCCGCGACGCCAACUCCCUGUCUCGCGGUGCCAACGGCUCGGUCCUGCCCCUCCUGACCAAGGUGACCUUCAUGCAGCUGCUGUCGGAGCUGGCCGUGCCCUUCUUCCAGUGUGCCGCCGAGGCCGACCUGGAGCUCGCCACCCUGGCCAGCCAAUGGGGAUGCCCCGUGCUCACCAACGACAGUGACUUCUACAUCUUCCCGCUGAGCGGAGGGUACCUCCCCUACCGCCACUUCCAGUGGAACAACGCAGUCUUGGGAGGUGGAGGAGGAGGCAGGACCAGCCAGCAGGGCUACAUCCAGGCCAGGUGCUACACGGUGCAGCGUCUCUGCUCGCACUUCAGGGGCCUCACGCCGCCCAUGCUCCCCCUGCUGGCCGUGGUGGUGGGUAACGACUACACGCCGCGUCACGUCACCCAGACCUUCCUCAGCCGCAUACAGCUUCCUGCUGUUGGAGGAGGAGGUGGGAAGGGGAACCCCCAGAUCGAGGGCCUUCUCCUGUGGCUGUCUCAGUUCGGGAGCCCCGAGGACGCUCUAGAGGAGGCGCUGGGGGUUGAAGAAGGAGGAGGAGGAGGAGGAGGUGGUCGGGGAGGAAAGAGAGGAGGGAGAGGGCAGAGGAAGAAAGGAGGCCAGUCUAGCGUCUACACCGCUCUCAUGGAGGAGUACGCCAUACCUCCUCACAGCAGCUUGGCUCAGUUCUUCUCCAGUGACCCGGCCUCCAGUCUUCCAGCCUGCACCGCAGGGCUUCCGGAGGUGCUGGCUGCCCAGCCGACGUGGCUGCUGUGGGGCAUCUUCACGGGAAGGUUCCCCUCUAUCAUCCAGGACGCCCUGGUGCACAACAGGGUCAUGCUGCUUGCCCAGGUGGAGAACUGCAGGCUACCCAGCAGCCACAGCACUUCUCUGGCCAUCCGACAGGUCAUCUACGGCCUCCUGCUCCUGGGCCGUGGACAACAGCAUGGUGGGACGGCUCAGUCCUCCUCAGCCAGAGGAAGAGGAGGAGGAAGCAGAGGAGGGAGGGGUAGGGGGGGAAGAGGAGGAGGAGGAGGAGGUCCAGUAUCAGGGGAGGUCUCCCCAGCGGAGAGCCAGGGCCAGGAGGCUGCAGGCGUGGUAGAGUACGACAGGUGUGACAUGAACCUGACCAAGAACACGGUGACGCCAUUCCUGCCUGGCAGCAGCCCUCCCCUGCGUUUGGAGGCCAUGGAGCAGGCUCCUGUUGCGGUGCGUCUGAAGGUGCUGUUGCGUGUGCUGUGUGUGGAGGAGCGUAGCCUGGGCCCCCUGCCCCCGGCCCUGCGGCUGCCCGCCUGCGUCACCUCCUACUGGGUUCAGCGCUCCAAGCCUCGGCCCGACCCCUCCACCCACCAGGCCCUGUUGCUGGGGCUCGUCUGCGGGGAGCUGAGCCGACGCAGGACCAUCCCCACAGACCCUGCGUCCAGCAGGCCUGGCGUGGCUGCUGUCAUCAACAGACUCAAUCAGCUACGAUUGGUCAGGAAGGAGGGGCGGGGUCUAAACCUGGGAGUGGCACACUCCCUCAGCCAAUGGCAGUCGUGCAUGAAGGCGGGGCUAUGCCUGAACCAGCUGCUCUGUUGCCCCCUCCCAGACCCACCAUGCACCUGGUUGUACAGCGGGACCCUCAUCCAUGCCAUUCAGGCAGCUCUGCAAGAGGGGAAAAGCGCUGAAGAUCUGCUGGCACAAGACCCCUUCCCUGGGCAGCUCUUCUCUGCUCUGAAGGAGGCCACACAGCCGAAGCCUGGGGGCUCUAGUAACCCUGCGGCCCACCAGGGGGUCUCCUCCUCAGGUAGAGGAAGGAGAGGAAGAGGCGGCAGGGGACAGGGAAGAGGGCAGCUGACGCGGGGAGGAGGUGGAAGAGGAGGAGGAAGAGGCCAGAGGUCUGGUGGUGGAGACUCUGGUAUCAACAAUCGCUUUGCCAUGUUGAUGAGCGACGAGGAUAAUGAUGAUGAUGAGGAAGAAGUUGUGUAUGUUUUUUGAAAACAUGAUGAGGAAUUCAACUGGUUAAUGGUGCUCGUCAGACCAGCUGCUUUGCCUUGUUGAUCAGGGAAUAUGAUUCUGAUUAUGAGGAUGGGUCAAAGACGUGCAAAAUUAAAUUGUCAUUCAGUGUAACGGAUACCUUCUGCUGACUGUAACUUUAAAAAACGUGACUCUUUUUAUUUUAUUUUUUCUAGUGAAUUAAUGAAAGCCUCAGCCUUUAUCCAU